GCGGAUCGGCGGUGCACCGAGCUGCUGGGAACCGGAGGUCUGUCACCGGGGAAUCUGAUGUUUACACACGCUAUAUCUGCACAUAUCGACAGGCCAGUCGGUUCUACGGUAUUUCAGAAGACGGUUACCGGUCAUCUCGACCCAUGAAGUCAACGCCACAUUCCUGCGACGUGUCCUCAUGCUAAAUGAAAUACACAUUAACCACAGCAUGCUGACCUCGCGGUGACCCCUUCAACUUUCAACUCUGGAUGCCUCCAGUUAUCAGCAUCUACAGUAAUCCAAUCAAAAUGUUGCACGCUGGCCUCAACCCACUGCUGCUGCAUGCUGCUGCUGCUGCUGAUGAUGAUGAUGAUGAUGAUGAUGGUGAUGAUGAUGAUGAUGGUGAUGAUGAUAUCGGCCUCGUAAUACUGUGAGAUCAUAUGUGAGGGUCUCUCAUGUGAGAUUAGACCUCGGAGUCAUUAUCAUUUCGGGGAAUGAAAAUCAAAUCAUCAUCACAUCGUAACAAAGUAAAAGUUGUGAUUUAUUGAACAUGUAAGGCAUUCAGAUUGACUAAUAGCCUUUGGUGGAAUGUCUUAUACCCAGCCCACUUAGAUACAUCCCGUCAUUGGUUAGGCAUCAUAGGUCUUUCGUUUGGUACGAUUGGAGUUAAUCAGCUCAACAUUUGGGUAAACAAUCCCUCGUUCUGCUUCUCCUCCUGCGGUCUAACAUCACGUUCACCUCAGCUGACGGUUUCAUUCAAGCGAAACAUUCACAGUUUCUCAGACCUUAACAAUCAUACAUUAAUCUAAAAGAACAGUUUAAUUCAUAAUCAAGUUUUUUCCAUGCAAAGGAGCAGGAGUAUCUGCGUGUGCACACGCGUGCAUAUGCCUGUUCAUGUGUGUGAGUGUGUGUGUGUGUGUGUGUGUGUGUGUGUGUGUGUGUGUGUGUGUGUGUGUGUGUGUGUGUGUGUGUGUGUGUGUGUGUGUGCGUGCGUGUGUAUGUGUGUGGGUGUGUACGUGUGUGUGCGCGUGUGAUUGGCCAGUGUCACCACAGUGAUUUGGGCUGCAGAUGCCGAUGCGCCGCGCAGACCUAUGGGAGCGCAGGGAAGGCAGAAGGGGAGGGCCGAGCCUCCGAGGCGGACCUGACUCCAUUUGUAAUGAAGGCUCUGAUGAGCGGCUCAGAUCCGAGCUGCGCUGAGUCCGCGAGGCCUUCCGGAGAUGAGCGAUCUCGAGAGGAGCAACUGACUUCCGCUCUGAGCGGAGUGCAGCCUUGGCAUCCGGCGGGACGGAGCUCGUGGAGCGGUGGAGCCGCGGACUGAGCGCGGGGGGACGGACACCGGAACGAGAAGCUGCCCGAUGACAUUUCGGAGCUGCACGGAGGCACGGGGGGGAUUUUUGAGAACCGACGCUCCAGCAUUCUCACUGUUGGAUUUAAAAGAUAAUUAAGUGGGAAUUAAAGCAAGCCAAAAAAAACCCGAGCAGGCUGCUGAGCGCGCAGGAGCAGGAUGAGCGUGUGUUCUGCAGGGAGAGCAGAGCAGUGCGUUUGAGACAUGGCAAACGGAGGGGACCAGUUCGGCCUCGCCGAGCCUCCGGACUCUGACUCCAUGGAUUCUCCAGAGGAGAGCAAACAGGAGAAUCGCAGCUGCGCCGUGAACGCACCAUCUUCCCCGCAGAAAGCCUCCAGUCAGCAGCUAGCUGCGGACCACAAUGGGAUGGAAGGAAUUAAAGUUUUCCUCCACGACCGGGAACUUUGGACCAAGUUUGAUGAAGUGGGAACUGAAAUGAUCAUCACCAAGGCCGGAAGGAGGAUGUUCCCCAGUUACAAGGUGAAGGUCACAGGACUCAACCCGAAAACCAAGUACAUCCUCCUGAUGGACGUCGUGCCCGCGGACGACCACCGCUACAAGUUCUCAGACAACAAAUGGUCGAUAACGGGAAAGGCAGAGCCCGCGAUGCCCGGGAGGCUCUACGUCCACCCGGACUCUCCCGCCAUCGGAGCUCACUGGAGCCGCCAGCUCGUCUCUUUCCAGAAGCUCAAACUCACGAACAACCACCUGGACCCCUUUGGACACAUAAUCCUCAACUCCAUGCACAAAUACCAGCCUCGCCUUCACAUCGUCAAGGCCGACGAGAACAACGGCUUCGGCUCCAAAAACACGGCGUUCUGCACCCACGUCUUCUCUGAGACCGCCUUCAUCGGCGUGACGUCCUACCAGAACCACAAGAUUACACAACUGAAGAUAGAGAAUAAUCCCUUUGCGAAGGGCUUCAGAGGCAGCGAUGACAAUGAGCUGCACCGCAUGGCCAAGCUACAAAGUAAGGACUUCCCCGUGGUUCCCCGCUCGACCGUCCGUCAGAGAGCCUGUUCGGCGGGCAGUCCCUUCGGGGGGGAGGGCGGGGGUCUGCACGGAUCUCCCGAAGCUGUCGGAUCCCCCUACAGCUGCGAGAACGGCUUGAGCGGCGGCAGUCCCCAGGAGCUGCUGAGGGCUCCCCCGGCACACUACGCCCUUCCUCAUCCUCAGCUGCAGCCACAGGGCGACCACUGCAGCAAGAGGAAAGUGGAGAACUGCCCUUCAGGAAACCGGCAGCACCUGUACAAGAAACCCUUCAGCGGAAGCUCUCCGAGUGAGGGCGAGUCUUACUACCACCCCUCCUCCUAUCCUCCUCCCCCUCCACCCGGCCUCUCCACCAACCAACUCCCCGACUCCCCCUUCAGCUCGGACAUGGGACAGCGUCAGGCCUGCAUGUUUGCCGGCGCCGAGCCCAGACUGGAUGAACUCAACCGUACCUCCUGGUCCUACACCUGCCCGCUCUCCUCCGCCAUGACCCCAAUGGAAACCUACCCACCGUACACCCCUCACCCUCCCUACAGCUCCAGUCCUCAGGGUUCCCGACUCAGCGCUUUGGCCCACCAGAACUCUCCGGCGCUUGGAGAACACAUCACCCACCACCCCUAUCAGAGCCAGAGCUCCCAGAACAUUCCCAGCAGGCAGCUGAGCCCUCCUCUCAGAGAGUAUCCUCGCUACACGCCCAACCUGUCUCCUCCUCUCUACCACACACUAGAAGCACACGCACACAUCCGAUGUGGCGUCCCUGAAUGGAGCGCAGCCUCCUGACUGAACCAGAGGACACAAACCAAAGACUGACAGAGAUUCCUCGUCUCAAAUUCAGUGACCCUUCUUUUUGCUUCGCUGAAAGAUGCUGCGCCAUAUACGGACUGAAGAGGAUAUGAGCUUUGUAAAAUAUCUGUGAAAAGUGAUUGUGCCGUGUGAGGAAGUGUCAUCUGCUCCUCAUGUUUCCCCCCGGUGAUGGACGGAGCAGUGACAUGUUAAAGACUGGAUUUAGACAUCCAUGAAAGAAAGAAAGAGUCCGAGCGGCACAAUCAGAGUUGUACUUUAUUGUCUUUCCAUAACCCAAAGACCGACGUCACCCUCAUGUGAGCCCCGCUGAGGCCGGACCGGCACUCGGCGGUUCUCCUCUCCAUGACUCCCACUCGCUCCAUCGUGGAGGAUGUGGAUUGUGACCCACGGUCAGACGGGCCCAAACAUUUACUGACCAACACAAUCUGCGCUCCCACAGCUGAGCCGAGGGAGACAUUGCUUCUCUUCAGCAGAGCGAGCACAGCUCCACGCUCUGUCUCAGUGACCGAGAAAAGGCAUGGGUUGUGUGUGUGUGUGUGCGUGUGUGUGUGUGUGUGUAAAGCCAACAUCAGUUCAGCUCAAGGAUGCGAUGAGUUAAUUUCCAAAGAGACAGGCAGUAGUCGCUGCAGGCGCUGCACCACCGACAUAAACAGUUUGUUUAGAGCGCGCUACAGGCCGAAGGACCUGUAAACACGGCUUCUCCUGCAUUCUGGGUAAAUGCACGACUCAGCGUCAUGCAACUGUCACCGCUGUCCUCCCAGUCACCCCCAACUGGCCAAUCAGCUUUCUCCAUUCACCGAGAGCCAGCCAAUGAACAUAAACAUCUCUGUUAUCCCCAGCCGACCAGCCGGAGCUGCAGCGCAGCACGUUUCAUGGUGCCGGCCCAUUUGAGUUUGUUUCUGAAUUAUUCAUUUAAUAAAAAUAAAAUGAUUAGGUUUAUUUAAUAAGGGACAGUGCACAUUAAAUACACAUUUCAGUCAAUGUGCCAGAGUUAGCCAAGAGGCUGUUUUUCAUCAUGAGUCCAGUGUUGAUCCUUGCAACUCUUUAAAAUAUUAUUUUGAAUCCUUUUACUUUGUCUUUACUUUCUCUAAAUGCUCCCUGUCAGAUUGGGUUAAAUACAUGUCCCUGUAAAGAAACAUGCGUGUCCCCCUGCGGGCUGAGGUCCUGGUUCAUUGUGUAAUGAUGCCGUUUUUAUGUUUGUGUCCCGUUACAUGCAGUAACAUGUGAGCAGGAACAUCACAACCCGUCAGUGUGCAAAGAGCAUAUCCUCAGCAUGCCUUGUGUGUGCGUGUGUGUGAGUGUGUGUGAGUGUGUGUGUGCGUGUGUGUGUGUGUGUGGGUGUGUGUGUGUGUGUGUGUGUGUGCGUGUGUGUGUGCGUGGGUGUGGGUGUGUGUGUGUGUGAGUUCAUACAAUGAGAUUUUUCUAAAGAUUUGUUCCUGCUAUUAGUAUUUAUUACUCAAGAUUUGUAAAGAUUAGUUUGUUGUUAACUUGUGAAAGAUCUUUGUUUCUCUUUGGAAGGUUGUUUCUGGUUUCACCUCCAAGUGGUGAUAAAUAAACACAAUGUGCUGUUAAGUGGAAAUAAAGACACAUUUAUACACAGAAA